AUGGCUUCUACUUCAACAUCCCCAAUACCUUUGCGAGGAAAUGCUCGAAAACCGAGUUUCUCACCAUCACCAGCUAAAGAUGCAUUGCAAAAGACGCUUAGCUUUUCAUUUUCAUCGCGGUCAAGCAAAGUCAUGUGCGUUAAUUCUUCUAGCACUGUGAAGUACAAUGAAGUGGUUGUCGAUGAAGAGAUAGACAAGAUUAGGAGACUCCAAAACGGGUCCGAUGUUCGGGGGGUUGCAUUGGAAGGCGAAAAGGGUCGAACCGUGGACCUUUCCCCUCGAGCGGUGGAAGUAAUUGCCGAGAGUUUUGGAGAGUGGGUUAUCAGGGCCUUGGAAGAACGAGAACGACGUCCAGCGGAAGAUGUUAGAGUAUCACUCGGCAAAGACCCUCGAAUAUCAGGAGCAUCUCUGAGUGUAGCAGUGUUUGCAGGCCUUGCUCGAGCUGGUUGCUUGGUAUUUGACAUGGGCCUUGCUACGACGCCAGCUUGUUUUAUGAGCACUUUGCUGCCACCAUUUUCCUACGAUGCUUCAAUAAUGAUGACAGCUUCUCACUUACCCUACACCCGCAAUGGUCUGAAAUUCUUCACCAAGAAAGGAGGGCUAACCUCGCCAGAGGUGGAACAGAUAUGCGACAAAGCUGCUCGUAAGUACGCGAACAGGUUGACCAAAGUAUCCACCAUGGUCAACUUUCCACCGAAAAAGGUUGAUUUUAUGAGCACUUAUGCAAAGCACCUUCGAGACAUCAUCAAGGAGAGAGUGAACCAUCCGCUUCACUAUGACACUCCACUUAAAGGAUUUCAGGUUUUAUUGUCUGCUCCUCUUAGCUUCUUUGUGU